AUGUUUACGCGGAGCGUACCUUCGAACCUCACCCCGAACUGUUUUAACUUUAACCCUUUCCCGGUUCCUGAUCCUACAGCUUUGCUCGCUUUUUCACAACUUUAUCAUACUAAUUUUCAAUCUACACCGAUAGUACCACCACCUUUCCUGUCAGUCACAACAACAACAACGAAUACUACAAGUAAUAGUAUUAUAACAGGAUCAGGGAUUGGACCGCCUUCUGUUAAACGUGUGAACCUCGAAAAACAACAAAUGCUUCUAAAUUCCUCUUCAAACUCCUCUUCCAGUGGAUCGUUAGUUACAUCAUCCUGUAGUCCGCAGCAGUCAAUACAUCGCAAGCAAGCCGCUCCGGUUCCUGAGGAUAAAAAGGAUGAAGCGUACUACGAGCGGAGACGGAAAAACAAUGACGCAGCUAAAAGGUCGCGUGAUGCCAGGCGUCAGAAAGAGGAAGCAGUUGCAGCAAGAGCAGCAUUUCUUGAACAGCUUCGAAGUCAAGUUGUCUUAUUAAAAAACGAGACAGCAAAGCUUCAGCUGAUGUUGUUUUCAAAACCCGAACUUCUUGAUCCUAAGUUGUUAUCAUCUUGCUCGAUUCUGAAUUGCAACUCUUCAGAACAGCAGCAGCAAUCAGAAUUAGAUUCUUCGAGAGGAGAAACGUGA